AAGUUAGAAAUAAGCAGUUUUCCUUAAAAAGAUAAUAGCUAUCUAAAAUCAAGAGGUAGCAUUAACUAUAAUGGAGACAGGCUAGAAUCCUUUCCAGUAAGAUCAGGAUUGAAAUAAGUAUAUCCAUUAUCACCAUUUCUAAUUCAGUAUUAACAAAUAAAACUAAAAAAAUACGCAAGAGCAAAGAAGAAACAAAACUCACUUUUUUUGGAUGAUAUAUUGUUUAUUUAGAAUCCUAGAGAGUAGAUAAAGUAACUGAAACAAUAAUAUCAGCAAAGCUGCAGGAUAUAAAAUAUACCCAUAGAAAUAAUUCAUAUUCUAUAUGUUACUGAUGGGGAUGAACCCUGAUAUUGUGUCCCCUUUAAUCUGUAAAAGAAGGAAGUUCGGGGUCUUAGGCUUUCCCCUGGGAAAAGCAUACCGUUCCCAGACAACACCUUCCCAAGUUAAGAGAUUUUAUUCAGUUGGAGAUCUGGUCUAAUAAUCCUAUUGAGUGGCUCCAAACUCCAAGAUAAGUACUCUCUUUUCAACUGGAAAUCUAGGCUUGGGGCAUUGAUUGAAGCCCGAGCCUCAGACUGCUAAUAAAAGACAACUCUGAACCCCAAAUCUUUGCAGAAAUCUGAAAGAGGAUUAUGCUUUGUCAAGGAAGCUCCCUUCUUGGCAAAGCUGCCUGUCUGGACUGUUGCCCACUAUGAAGAUAUUCUCUUCUUAGUGUUAACCUUUGUUAUUUUCCUGACAGGACCUUUUGCCACUAAGAAGACUAUCUUCCUAACAGACUGGCUUCUUAGUGAACAGUAAAAUUCCCUUUUGCCAUACAGACUUUUCAGGUUUGUGAAUUCUUUAGCAUUGGACCUGCGCUGACCAGAGGGCAUUCCCCACCCUAAUUCUCACAUUUCUUUACUACCACUACCUCAUUGUUUGUACCUCAUAAUUUUGAUUCCCUGAACAGGAAUCCCUGAGAAUCUGGACAAGGUAAAGCGUUUUCUUAUUAUUCAUUCUAUAGCUAGGACACCCAAAAAUUUCCAGGAAAGAUUUGGUUCAAUGGAGUCCCAGGCUCGAGCAGAAUUCUCUCAGGGAAAUGGGAAUUCUUGGGGUUUGACAAAAGUCUCCUUAAUCAGGGAGCAUUUUAUCAUCUCCAUCUCUAGAGAUGUCUAGAGAGGGAUGAGGAGCUAUAGAAUUGGGAAAAUUAAAGCUUGUGGCAAAAUGGGACAGAAGGAUCCUUCCUUAGGCAGAAACAAAUUCUGCUUGAAAGGUCUCCAACUGAAUAAAAUCACUUAACUUGAGAGGGCGUUGUCUGGGGAAAGUAUGCUUUUCCUAGGAGAGAGCCUGAGACCUUGAAUCUCCCUUCUUUUACACAUUAAAGGGAACACAGUUUCAGGGUUCACCCCCAUCAUUACCGUCAAAAUCCAAUAGGAAGAAAGAGAAAUUUCAUUUAAAAUAACUAAAUACAGUACGAAAUAUCUGCUAAGACAAAUACAGAAACAUUAAAAAUAUUAUAAAACAUAUUACACAAAUAUAGAUCCAAAUAAAUGGAGAAGUAGAUCAUGGGUAGACCUAGUCAGUAUGAUAAAAAUGAUACUCCUUAAUUUAUUUAUUCAGUGCCAUACCAAUUAGAUGAUCAAAAAACUAUAAACCUAGAACAAAUAAAAUUCAUCUGAAGGAACAAAGGGUCAAAAAUAUUAAGGAAAUGAAUGGGGAAAAUAAAAGUAGGGAUCUGGAAAUCGGGACAGAAAUGACAAGGAAAUACCUCAUCUUGAUGAUCUGAUCUAAAGAAUUUGAUAUUGGAUGAUGUUAGUUCUAUAUUGAUCAGUGAAAUAGAUUAGGUAUACAAUAUACUGAAGCAAAUGCACAAUAAUCUAGUGUUUGAUAAGCCCAAAGAUGGCAGUCAUGGAGGGAAGUACUCACUAUUAAACAAACUGUUAGGAAAAAGUAGAAAACAGUAGCAAAAACUAGAUUUAGGCCAACAUCUCAUUUUGUAUACUAAGAUAAGCUCAAAAUGGUUACAUGAGUUAGACAUAAAGCAUAACUCCAUAAACAAAUUACAAGACCAUAAAAGAAAUUACCUGUUAUAUUUAUGAAUAAAGGAAGAGUUCAUGACCAAAUGAGGGCGAUCUUCAUGAGGUAAAAUGGAUAAUUUUGAUUAAAUACAAUUAAAAAGAUUUUUAGUAAAGCUAAAAGUAUAUCCAUUAUCAUCAUUACUAUUCAAUAUUGUACCAGAAAUGCUAUUUAUAUACAAACAAUAAAACUUAAAAUUAGAAGCUGGACACUAAGGGAAAAGAUUUUGCAGUAAGUUUCUCGUUUCUAAGAUAUGUAGGGAACUGAAGCAAAUCUAUAAGGCUAAGUGCCAUUCCCCAAUUGAUAAAUGGUCAGGUUUUGAACAAGCAGUUUUUAGAGUAAAACACUGAAAUUAUAAACAGCUACAUGAAAAAAAAAUCUCUAAAUUGGUAAUAAUUAGGUAAGUGCAAUUUAAAAUACAAUUUUUAGGAGCCAUGCUAAAUUAACAGAAGAAAAUGACAAGAUUCUGGAGAAGUCAUAGGUACUCUAAUGCAAAGCUUCUUAAAACUGUGGGUUAAUACUAUGGGAGGAGGGGGAGUCAUGAAAAAUUUGGCAACAGUAAAAGGUUUCUGAACACAAUGACCAAAAAUUAAUUCACAAUCAAAUAAGAUAAUGAAUGCAAGCUAUUUCUGGCAAUUUUAAGAGUAUAAAUAGUGAUAAUUUCGUUGUUUGUACACCUGAGUAUUUAUAAAGAAAGUGUAGGAGCAAAAUUCCCUAUUAAGAAUCAGGUUAAAUUUUCUGAAGAUGCUGCUUUAUUGGAAAAUUUUUCAUAAAAGUUUUCAAAGGCAAAAUAAAGUGAUUAAAUGGUGCUGAAGGAGAGAGCGUCCAGUAUGUUGGGCCGCAUAGCCGCCAGAAAGAUCUGAGGAUCGGUCAGCCACAUCGGCCACAGUAGGUGCGGGGCAUGUCGGGAAUUGUAGUCCUAUAUCCCCAACACGCUUAGUGUACUCGUACUCGUCCUGGAGUUCCUGCAUCCCUAGAAGUUCUUCCUAAGAAGAACGUGCGUGGUGUUCUCCCAAUUUCGGGGAAAGUGAGAGAUGCCCACAGAACCUAAUAAAGCCGUCCCCACCUCGGACUGUCAAGCUCGACCCCCGUUUUCAUGUCUUCCUAGCCGUAGUGACCCGGCUCGUUUUUCGGGCGGCCAACAAGCUCUGUCGGGCCGAAGAGUCCUAGCCUCCGCGCCUCCGCUGGCGGGAGGGGGCGGGGCAGAGGGAGGCUACGCCUGCGCGAAAGGCGCUAGCGGCGAGUCGCUGGGCGGAGAUGUUGGGGCUGAGCGCUGAUGUUAAAAUGAAGAAUGUGCAGUCUUUUUAACUGAUGAAGAACAAGGCUUUGUCUUCCUGUAAUUCUGAAGUGAAAGUUGAGUCACCAUACAAGAAAAAUAAAUCCACUUAAAAUAUAGGCAUUAGUAAUAGAAUGCUGAAACAAACCUCUGGAUUAGCUUCAUUGGCUUUCCUGCUUCUUUUGCAUCCCAAAGCAUAAGUUUAAAUCAUCUCAGAAGGACAAGAUCCGCCAGUUUAUGACAUUUACCCAGGCUGGUGAAAAGACUGCUAUAUACUGUUUAAUGCAGAAUGAGUGGAAACUAGAAGUGGCAACUGACAACUACUUCCAGAACCCAGACUUGUACUACAAAGAAUCCAUGAAAAAUUCAGUAGACAAAAAGAAGUUAGAACAAUUGUAUAACAGGUAUAAAGAUCCACAAGAUGAGAAUAAAAUUGGCAUUGAUGGAAUUCAGCAAUUUUGUGAUGAUUUAGGCCUAGAUCCUGCCCAUAUCAGUGUUCUUGUCAUAGCUUGGAAAUUCAGGGCAGCCACUCAAUGUGAAUUCAGUAAAAAGGAAUUUAUGGAUGGCAUGACAGAGCUGGGGUGUGAUACUACAGAAAAAUUAAAAGCUCUUUUACCACGAAUAGAACAAGAGCUAAAGGAUGCAAUAAAAUUCAAAGACUUUUAUCAGUUUACCUUUAACUUUGCUAAGAACCCUGGACAAAAAGGUUUAGAUUUAGAAAUGGCUGUUGCUUACUGGAAUUUAGUCUUAUCUGGAAGGUUUAAAUUUUUAGAUCUUUGGAAUAAGUUUUUAUUGGAACAUCACAAAAGAUCAAUCCCAAAGGACACUUGGAACCUUCUACUAGAUUUUGGAAAUAUGAUUGCCGAUGAUAUGUCUAACUAUGAUGAAGAAGGAGCCUGGCCUGUUCUUAUAGAUGAUUUUGUAGAAUAUGCACGACCAGUUGUCACAAAAGGAAAGCGUAGUACCUUCUAAUCCUAAUUAUAAAACCGGACUGAAAUUACAAUCUGAAUUACAUCAGGUAAUGAAGACAUUUUGGCCAAUAACUAUGUCUAUGGUUACUGAUUUCAGUAGUCAUGGUAUGCCACUGAUCCAACUGCAUUCACCACUUCUACUCUUCUUCAAGAAAAUAAUGCUGAUUCAUGGACGCUGUAAGAAGUUGCUCAGAAAAUAGCCCAGGAUGCUUUGGACUCUGUUGGGAAUUGAUAAUUGUAUUGGUUCUGUCUUUUGGUGAGAGAUAAUUGCAUGAUUUACACUUAGGAAAAUUUAACUAGAGCCCAUUUUAAUUAAAACUGCACAGCAUGUCAUUCAGCUCAUGAUCUAAGGUGAACAAACACCAGCAGUUACUACUGUAAUUAGAGAUUAUAGUACUUACAUAUUUAAAAGCAGUAUUUGUGAUAUGAAUUAAGUCCCUAUAUAAAUUUAAGUAGUAGGUUAUAUUUUUAUACAAGUCAAAAUUGUUAAAAGUAUUUACCCUGAUGAUCAUGAUCUUGUAAUGACCUCUUACUGACACUUUUAUACUUGGUGCCAGUAUACUAGAUUAUAUUUUUUUAUGUCAAUUUGCCAGCUCUAUUUUUUUUUUGUUUUAAUUUUCUUAAAUGUUCACCUGAAAUCAUUUAAUAAUUAUAGUAUCCCCACUUCAAUUUGCAUAGUGAUGGCCACACUUCAGGCUAUGAUUUAAGGAAAAAAUUUUUUAGAUUAUUUACAAAUCAGCAGGCAUCCUUUAUUUUUUGAAAAGUAUUUUUUAUUUCUUGAACUUCCUGAAAAGUACUUAUAGUCUGUUUUGUUCACAAAUUAAUUUUUUUACAUUACAUUUAAAAUAGUAUUUUUCCAUUAAAAAAAAUUUCUUUAUUAGUUGUGAAUUUUGGAUUCCAAGAUCAAGUAAGCUGAUUUUGUUCAACCAUCCAUAAUAUGUAUGAUAUAUCUCAACUAAAGUCAUUUUUAUAAAUUGUACAUAUUUGAAAACUAAAAUAUUAUGAUAAUCUGGAACAUAAUAGUGUUUGUUUUUUUUUUCUGGGGGGAGGGAAUCCCUCUGAUUUGAGUGGACAGACUUAUUUUUGCACUAUGUUAUCAUUUGUUUUUCACUUUAUCCCAGUCACCACUGUAGCACCAAGAUAAAUUAAGUAUUUCUCCAAGGCAUAAAUAAUGUCUGAGAAUGUCUUCUACUCCCCUAUUGGGAAAGAACUGGCUUAUAAUUUUGUGGAAUCCCUGUGACAGUCCUACCUCAGCUUUGAUCAGAGGACACACAUUCAUACAUGAUUUUCACAGUACAGUUCUUACUUUACUUGGCUAGCUACAAUUUGAACUUACAUAUUUGAGGGAUUAAUUUUUUUAAAUGAUCCUUUUAAAAAAGGAUAUAACACAAUUUUUCUUUAGUUAACUAUAAAUAUAUAAAAUACAAAUUGUAUAAAAUACUAAAUACUUGUAAAAAUUACAUCAUUCCUGAGAAACUUUUUAUCAAUCUGAUAUUCGACUUGAUAUUGCUAAAGUGUGAACUGGUACUGCUUUGGAUUAGAAUUCUUCUAAGAAAAGCAACUUGGUUCUACUGGGAAAAAACACUUAUUGGAACAGGAAUCCCAGCACCAUAGUUGUAGUCCUAUCUUUGCUAUUUAAGAGUUUUGUGAUUUUUAGACAAAUUACUUAACCCCUCUAUGCUUCAGGCCUCUCCUUUCCAAGAUGAGGUUUCCACGAAGGUGACUAGUAAUAAGAUGACUUUCAGCUCUGGCAUUUUAGUCUCUUGUUUUGUUCUGCUAUGCAACUCACACAAUUCACAACCACCACCCUUAAAAGAUAACAUUCUUCAAAUGUAGCAUUUUCCCCUACAAUAAUUAUCAGAAUAUCAAUGAAAUUAGACUAUUAAAAGAAUUAUAUCCAUUAUUUGCACUCUUCCACUGUUUGAGUUUAAAUCAUGCAUACUAUUAAAGUGGUGGCUUGGGGAAGGGAAAAAGGGAAAAGCUUGUAUUUAUUUGUUUCAUUUGUACAGAUUUCCUGUGCUAAGUUGUUAAGAAACAUCUAAAUAAAUCAUUGUGUGUA